CGCGGACUCCGGGCCGUCGGCCCCUCGCCACCUCGUCGCCGCGCGCAGCUCUCUCUUCCGGCGAAUCCGGCGAUCAGACGAAGAGGUCCCCGCUACUGACUCGUCGAGCUCACGGUCAACUAUUUACUCGCCCGGAAUAUAUUUUCGCCAUGGCUGUCGGUGACCUGAAGACCGAUAAAGGCGUCGAGGAUCUCAACAGCUAUCUCGCCGACCGCAGUUAUGUCGAGGGGUGGCAACCAACUCAGGCCGAUGUUGCAGUACUCGAAGCACUGGGGAAGGCACCGACAUCUUCAAAUCCUCAUGUACUCCGUUGGUACAACCACAUAAAAUCCUACGACUUUAAGUCACUUCCCGGAGAAAAGAAAGCACCUGCCAUCUUUAGCACCGCCGGUGCCCCGGCUUCGUCUACGGGAAAGGCAAACGACGACGAGGACGACCUAGAUCUAUUUGGUUCGGAUGAAGACGAGGAUGCGGAAGCUGCGAAAAUCAGGGAGGAAAGGUUAAAGGCGUAUGCGGAGAAAAAAUCAAAGAAACCCGCAGUCAUUGCCAAGUCGAGUAUUGUGCUGGACGUGAAGAGCUGGGGAGAUGAAACCGAUAUGAAGUUAAUGGAAAACGCAGUGAGAUCGAUUGAGAUGGACGGUCUUGUUUGGGGUGCAUCAAAACUUGUCCCAGUGGGCUAUGGCAUAAACAAGUUACAAAUAAUGUGCGUGAUAGAAGACGAGAAAGUAUCGGUGGAUUUUCUGAUUGAACAGAUUCAAGAAUUCGAGGAAUUCGUUCAAUCCGUAGACAUUGCUUCGUUCAACAAGAUCUAAGAAACAAAAACAGCUCAUUACUUUUAAUAUUGGAUUAAUAAAUAUUAAUUGUUUGUAUAUACGCAAUUUGUUACUCUCUUAAUAUACCCGAAGGAUUCCUUGUGCAGUCUUCAAGAGUAAUACAAUUCUAUUAAAGCUUCA